AUGUCCACCCUCCUGGACCUCAAGAGCACCGUGCUCAGGCAGGUGCAGGUGUGCCCGCCGUUCCGCCGCAGGACGGAGGAGGAGGCCGGCAGUGCCGCCGCGGACGCCCCGGCGCCCUCCCAGGAGGCCUGGAAGCCGGGCGACGGGGUGGAGUUCUUUGCCAAGAUCCGCGGCCUGAGGACCCUGAGCCCUGAUGAGGAGGCGAUGCUCUACGAAGAGGCCUUGUACACCGUCCUCCACCGCGUGGGGACCAUGGGCCCUGACCAGGUGGACGACCAGGACGCCCUGUUGGCCUACCUGGGCCAGGUGUUCAGUUCCAGCCCCGAGCGGCACGCGGAGGCCGUGGCACGCGUGAAGAAGGCCAAGGCCCCAGCCUACGCCCUCAAGGUCUCCGUGAUCCGAGCCAAGAACCUGCUGGCCAAGGACCCCAAUGGCUUCAGCGACCCCUACUGCAUGCUGGGCAUCCUGCCGGCCUCGGGUGCCUCCCCGAGGGAGCCCUCCGGGAAGCAGCAGCGCUUCAGCUUCCGCAAGGGCAGCCGGCGCAGCGGCGGCAGCGGAGGCAGCGGAGGCGGCGGCGGCGGGGGCGGCGGGGGCGCUGCCAGGGAUCCGCUGCCUGCCAAGUGCAUCCAGGUCACUGAGGUCAAGAGCAGCACCCUGAACCCCGUGUGGAAGGAGCACUUCCUCUUUGAGAUCGAGGACGUCAGCACAGACCAGCUGCACCUGGACAUCUGGGACCAUGAUGACGAUGUGUCCCUGGUGGAAGCCUGCAGAAAGCUGAACGAGGUCAUGGGCCUGAAAGGCAUGGGCAGGUAUUUUAAACAGAUUGUCAAGUCGGCCCGGACGAAUGGGACAACAGGGGUCACUGAGGACCAUACUGAUGACUUCCUGGGGUGCCUCAACAUACCCGUCCGUGAGGUGCCCGUGGUUGGGGAGGACCGUUGGUUCAAGCUGGAGCCUCGGUCCAGCGCCUCCCGCGUGCAGGGCGAGUGUCACCUGGUCCUCAAGCUGAUCACCACGCAGAGAGACACCGUCAUGAGCCAGUGUGGCCGCUCCGGGUACCUGUCCCACAUGCUGCUACUGAACAGCCUGCUGGAGUUUGAACACCGGGCCGAGGAGCCUGGCUCGAGCAGCUGGCAUGGUGAGCUCAGUGGGCCGGCAGCCACGGUCCUCUCUCUGCACGGAGCCCAGAGCAACCUGUCGCCCCUGCAGCUGGCCGUACUGCAAUGGCAGGUCAGCAGUCGGCACCAUCAGACACAUUCCCUGGACUAUGGCUACCUGCUGGGGCUACUAGAGGACCUGCAGGCUCUCUGGGAGGAGGCCCCUUCGCUGCCCCAGGAGCAGGUGGAGAGUCUGGCCGACAGCUUCUCCGCCUUCUCCGAGUUCGCGCUCCGGCUGCUGCGCCAGCUCCGGGACUACUUCCCUGCCGCCAACAGCACGGCCGUCUACCGCCUGGAGCUGCUGCUCAAGUGUCUCGCCAAGCUCCGGCACUUCCAGCCUGCCUUCGAGGCCGGCCCCUUCCAGACCCAGCUCCACGCAGACAUCACUGCCGCCCUGAAGAGAGGCAACCGCGAGUGGUACGACGGGCUUCUGAAGGCCAAGAGCCCCCGCGAGCAGCCCGCGCCGCAGCGCCUCCCGGGACUCAUCGCGCUGGCCGACGCCGUGUACGAGGACCUGCAGGCCUGCUACGGCGUGUACGCCAGCAUCUUCCACAGCAUCCUGGAGGUCGACUUCUUCACCCUCACCUUCCGGCAGCUGGAGCGUCUGGUGGCGGAGGAGGCGUGGGUGCUGACAGAGGAGCUGAGUCCCAAGCUGACCCCGGAGGUGGCCUCAGGGCUCUUUGAGCUCUACCUGACCCUGGCAGACACCCAGCGUUUCUGGAGUGACGUCCCCGCCCGGGACAGGCGCUCCCUGGCCCUGGCGGGCAUCCACGUCCCCUUCCUGCCGGCCAUCAAGCUCUGGCUGCAGGUGCUACGGGACCAGACCCGGUGGCGGCUGCAGACCGCCGUGGACGUGGACACGCUGGAGACCGUGGACGCCGCCUCCAAGCACAGCAGCUCCGCCGCCACCGCGGCACUGCACUUGAGCCACAGCCAGGAGCUCUGGGCGCGCCUGGCGUGGCCCGACCCCGCCCAGGCCCAGGAGCUGCGCACGCAGCUCGGCCAGGACCUAGGUGAGGCCGCCCUGUUCUACACGGAGCUGCUACGGAAGAAGGUGGACGCGCAGCCUGGAGCGGCGGGCGAGGCUGGCGCCGAGGCGGGGGUCCCGCGACCCCUGCUCAGCUGCGCGCAGGCGCUGGACGACGACCUGCAGCGCGAGGCCCACACGGUGACUGCGCACCUGACCUCCAAGAUGGUGGGCGACGUCCGGAAGUACGUGCAGCAUGUCAGCCUGUCGCCCGACUCCAUCCAGAACGACGAGGCCGUCGCCCCGCUCAUGAAGUACCUGGACGAGAAGCUGGCCCUGCUGAACGCCUCCCUGGUGAAGGGGAACCUGGACAGGGUGCUGGAGGCCCUGUGGGAGCUGCUGCUGCAGGCGAUCCUGCAGGCGCUGGGCGCCGACCGCGACGUCUCGGCUGACUUCUACGGCCGCUUCCACUUCGCGCUGCAGGCCCUGGUGAGCUGCUUCCACGCCGAGGGCCAGGGGCUGCCUCUGGAGAGCCUGAGAGACGCCAGCUACAAGAGGCUGGAGGAGGAGCUGCGCCUGCACAGGUGCUCCACUCGCGAGUGCAUCGACCAGUUCUACCUGGACAAGCUCAAGCAGAGGCCCAUGGAGCAGAACAGGUUCGGGCGCCUGAGCGUCCGCUGCUACUACGAGGCGGCCGAGCAGCGGCUGGCGGUGGAGGUGCUGCACGCUGCCGACCUGCUGCCGCUGGACGCCAACGUGAGCGCCGCGCUGCGCAUGCUGGAGGGCCGCGCCAACAAGGAGGCGCAGGACUUCGUCAAGCGGCUGCGCGAGCUGGAGAAGAGCAUGGAGGCGGACGCGUGA